UAUGCAGUAAUUCUUCCUAGUUGGCCACAAAGUAGCAUGAAAAUGUAUUUAAUUGACAAGCCAUGUUUUUUUAAAUUUUGAUUGUUUCUAUUAAUUUCAUGAUUAUCUAUAACAGGUUAGCAAAAAUGUCAUGCAGUUUUGGACACUGGAUGCAUAUUUACAAUGUUCCCUUGUUUAUUGUUGUUCUGAACAAAGAUGGUUAUCUUAUAUUUUAUGGUUUACCUGUGUUUGAAUUGCUCUAUAUUUAGGCAUUCGUGGUACUUAUGCUGGAGCUGAUGGAAUAAAAGACUGAAACGUUUGAGACUUUAAUCCCUCAUGCUGCAACCUCUUGUAGGGAGGCUUAAGACUGUUUUGAUCUCUCUGUUGAGCAACUGACUGCUCCGUCUGCAGGUCCACUCUUAACACUGUUUCACUCAGCUGUGAGAUUAUCCAGUUUGCUCAGUGUACUUCCUGACUCAGCGGUGGGUGGAACAAUCCUUCCUGCACACAAGGAAGAUGAAUAAUAAUACACAGGAUACUGCGGUGCUUCAGCACAUUGAGAGGGAGGUACGCAUGCGUGAAGGAACUUGCAAGCUACUGGCAGCAUGUUCCCAAAGAGAGCAGGCCCUGGAGGCCUCCAAGAGCCUCCUAACUUGCAAUGCCCGCAUUCUGGCCUUGCUCAGCCAACUACAGAGGAUGAGGAAAGUACAAAUCCUACAAAGUGUGGGAUGCAGGCCAUCUGAUGAUCUGGUGCCAUGUACAGGAAAAGUAGCACUUUCAGACCUGCGAAUCCCCCUCAUGUGGAAAGACUCAGAGUACUUCAAAAACAAAGGAGAACUACAUCGCUGUGCAGUGUUCUGCCUGAUCCAGUGUGGCACAGAGAUCCAUGACACUGACCUGGUGAUGGUAGACAGGACUUUGACUGACAUCUGUUUUGAAAACACUAUAAUAUUCAACGAGGUAAGUCCAGGGUUUCAGCUUCGUGUUGAGCUGUACAGCAGUUGCGUGGUCGAUGAAUUCUCCCCUGGGGCCAUAGGAUCCUGGAGAGUGAGCCGUCUAGGGGGCUCUUUGGGAUGCUCCUCUGGGAAAAAGAUCCGUGCUGCAUUCGAGUCUGCAGCUGUUUGCGGAUCCAUUUCCAGUGGAGGAGAUGUAAGAUCUGGAAGCGUGCCACCAGCAUUAUCACCCGACAUGUUGACACUGGGACCUAAGUACAACCUGUUGGCUCACACAACCCUGAGAAUUGAACAUGUCCGGGAAGGUUUCAAGACACACGAUUUAUCACUUUCAGCAACAGAGGAUAAUCCAUUCUGGUUGCCUUUGUAUGGAAGUAUGUGCUGUUGCUUAGUUGCUCAGCCUCUGUGCAUGAUUCAGCCAGUGAUAAGUGGCCAAAUCAAAAUCAAGCUCAGCUCAGAAGAGGACUGUAAUUAUCCUGAAACUGUCUAUGGCGUCCUCAAGAGGCAAGCCCUUCUCUGUUAUCAAAGUCAAGAAGACCUGGAGUCUCAGGACAAUCCCUUGCUUGAGAUUCCAAUCAGAAAGGAUACCGUUGUCUGUAUGUCUGACAGAGAUCCUGCCAACUGCCAGAAUAUUUACAUCAAUACAGAACAUCAAGGGGAGGACAUAACUUACAUGCUUACCACAUACACGCUUGAAGACACACAGCGCUGGAGGAAGACCCUCUGUCAGCACAUCUAUAGCAUGAGCCAUUGGAAACAGUGCUGUGACAACCUCAUGAAGAUACAAAUGCCGAGCUCCAGGAAAUCAAUAACGAUGAAGCAGGGAUCUCUAUACCAUGAAAUAGCAACACCCUCCUCGCCCAGAAAGCAAACUGAGGUUCCAGAUUUAAAUACUGAUAUGCGCUCUUUGCUCUCUACAUACUACAAGGAAAGUUAUUGAUCACCCUGCCAAGGAUACACUGGGAAAAUGUGACACACACUCCUCAGCUGUCCAUUUCUGGUUACCAUGGCCGGUCAAGGAGUUGAUAAUUGGUGGUCUUUCAUGAUUUGGAAGGUCACCAGAAUUACUUGACUGUGCUUACUUUUUUCAUGCUACUCCUGAAUGGAUCCAAACUGUUUGUCCAACAACAAUGGUUAGCAAUUUUUGGAGUGGAGGCGAUAUAAUCAGAUUUCAUUUGGAGUUGUAAUUUUGAUUCCAUUUACCUUGACCCCUUAAGUUUAGUUACUGUGCUAAACAUGAAAACAUCCAUUUAUUAGGAACCCAGUUGGAGAAAAUCACGUGUCGCUAAUUUAUGUACCACGUGCAGCAACAUGUGCAUUUAUAUUUUCGCCUGGUUUCAUUGUUACACAGCAACACAUGCUUUAAAUUUUAGUUAUGCCAACGUGGAUUGACCAUAACAUUGUGCUAUUAAAGAACAAAACAGAAGCAGUCUGCCAUAUUUCUACUGAGUCAUAAGACAAGACUCAAGGAAGAAAAUCUUUUUACUGUAAAUCAAGAGCACUCCUUGCAUUGUCUACAAAUAGUUUCAUUGAUGUUAUGCUUGUUUUGGCCACACCUCUUGGAAGCAUGUAAAACUUUACACUUCCAGUCAACAUCCUGUGGAGCCAGAAAAAGCAUAUUUAUGGAGAAUUCGGGUAGGAAUCAUUGACAGGUUUCUCAGAAGUUCGUCACUGGGCAUGCCUUACUGGUAAAGAGGACGUGUGAGAAUGCAAUAAGUAAUUAGCACUAAUCUAAUCUAAUCUGGUACCCGGAGAUACCAAGGAUGCACAGAAUCCUUCGAGGCCUCACGUCACAAUUAGGAAUUGCUAGAAUCUUAUCUUAAAUAUUAUGUUUUAGUAUUUUGUUUUCGCCUUGUUUUGUGAAAAAAGAAACUUGAAAAUUCAUGGAUGACAGAUUACAUUUCAUUCUUAAAAAAUAUAAUUUUGAUUUAAGAGCUUGAGCAUACUGGUGGACAACAAUUAGAGAUAAGACAUUAUUUUGAUUAAUUUAAUUUAUGGCAAUAAUUAUGACAUUAACUUUACACUGGAUGGUGGUCUAAUACAUUUGUUGAGCUCCGUAUGUUAUUAUAAAAGACUUUUAAACAAUUUGUAAAUGUAAAACUAAAAAAUACAUUGUGUGCUUUAUUUUUAUUAUUACAAAUUUCCUUAUAAAUUAUUCAUCCGAAAGUGAACUUUUCUGAUAACUUAGGUUUGUAGUAGUUUGACUUGAUGCCAGUGCGCACGUUUGAGGAUGUGAAGCACACUGCAUUCCGCUCUUUAAAUAGAUUAUGUGUAACACGGAAGCACUAAAUUACGUUAGGCCUGAGGGUUUCCUGGGCUAGUAAACCUGUCAACUGAUUUUUACGCUAUUUUUGAUCAACCUGUCCAGGGUGUACUCUGCCUCUUGCCCUGUGACAGCUGGGCUAAGCUCUGACCCUGGAUAAGCGGAAGAAAAUGGAUAAAUGGAAAGACAACACAUGACUAUUAUAUGAUUAUAACUUUGACUACCCAUACAGAGGCCCCAGUUAAGCAAUACUGUGCUGUGUAGUUACAGUCAAAUGCCUGUCUGAACAUGUCACAGGCAUUGUUGGUUUGUAGUGUUUUUUUUCAAGCUUUUUGAAAUGUCAAAAAUGCAUUUAGGGGAAAUAAAAAGAAAAAACAAAACAAACCCAGGAAACAGUAGGAUCAAGUUUGAUCUACUCACUAUUGUUCCCACUGUUAAUGGUUUAAAGCACUAUUCAAAAAGAAAAUGGGAUCAUAAUAGAUUUUGUAGGACUUUGUGAUGUUAAUUAGCAAUUUGCACGUAAUAAAUUAACGUCUACUGCAGUGGGAGUGUCCCUUCUUUUUCAAUGUGGCUGUCACACCUUAAAAUUCCACAUGUUGUUUUCAAUCAAAGAGUAGUAAUUACAUAAAUACAAAUAAAAAUAGAUAGUAAGCUGCUUAUGUAACAUUCAGGUAUGACAAAUAAAAACAAUGGUCACUAAAGGACGACUAACGUAUCUUCUUUUCACUAAAGUGAAUAUAUGCCUGUUAUUCUACUGCAACUACGCAAAAUGUUGAUUAAAAAAAGAACAAGUAAAUCUAACAUUUGAAUAGGAAAGUUCAGAUAUAGCGUCUUGCUUUAAAAACAACUGAAAAAAGAGGAUUAAGAGAAAUGGUUCACAAAAAGGAAGAAUAAAAUAGUGUUCACUACAUGUAAAUGUGUAGACAUUUAGCUAGUAAGGAAAAAUGUUUAUAUCUAAUGGGAGUAAUUCUCCUCUCAUCUCUUCCAUCUGAAAGCACAGCGUUACAGUUACAGAUCUUCCAAAA